GGGUUCUGAGUUGAGGAUAUAAGAAGAGCUGCGCAAUGACAACAGUAGACCAGAAAUACGUCCAGACACAUCGCUUUCAAGAGGAGAUACACAAUAACUGAUACAGGGGAUAUUUCCUGAUAUUUUUUAUUUAUUUAACUCGACGUCAUCGAACCAGGAUGCCUUUCCUCGGACAGGACUGGAGGUCACCGGGUCAGAGUUGGGUUAAAACCGAAGAGGGAUGGAAAAAGACAGCAACAGAUGAGAAAAACAACAACAUCUCCGUGGAGAGCUUCUGCAAAGCCGAGGAGGAGGAGUGUUUCAACAAAGAGAACCUGCUGCUCUCUCUCGGCUACGACAUGGCUGCCAAGAAGAGGAAAAAAGACCUAAUGAACAACAACACCAAGGUCCCCUAUUUCCACAGGGAAAAGUGGAUUUAUGUUCAUAAAGGAAGCACCAAAGAGCGCCACGGAUAUUGUACACUGGGAGAGGCCUUCAACCGCUUAGAUUUCUGCAGCGCCAUCAAGGACACGAGGAGAUUUAAUUACAUCGUCAGGCUCCUGGAGCUUAUCGCCAAGUCCCAGCUCCCCUCACUCAGCGGCGUGGCACAGAAAAACUACAUGAAUAUUCUGGAGAGAGUGGUACAGAAAGUUCUUGAUGACCAGCAGAAUGUUCGUCCCAUCAAGGAGCUGCUGCAGACGCUUUACGUCUCGCUGUGUGGUCUCGUUCAGGACAUGGGCAAGUCUGUCCUGGUGGGGAACAUCAACACCUGGCUGCACCGCAUGGAGAACAUACUGCAGUGGCAGCAGCAGCUGGACAACAUCCAGAUCAACAGGCCCAAAUCUACAGGCAUGAGUCUGACCGACCUGCCUGCCAGUCUGCAGCUGAACAUCAUGGAGCGUUUGUCGGAUGGCAGGGACCUGGUCAGCCUGGGCCAGGUGUCCCCCGAGCUGGGGGGCCUCACUGAGGACCGGCUGCUGUGGAAGAGACUCUGCCAGUACCACUUCACAGACAGACAGAUCCGAAAGCGCCUGAUGGUUUCAGACAAAGGUCACCUGGAGUGGAAGAAGAUGUACUUCAAGCUGAGCCGCUGCUAUUCACACAGAGAGGAAUACAGUGACACCCUGCACUUCUGCACACACUGCCACAUCCUUUUCUGGAAGGACACAAACCAUCCCUGCACAGCCAACAACCCAGAAAGUUGCACCAUGUCCCUCUCCCCUCAAGACUUUAUCAACCUUUUUAACUUCUGAUCCAGAAUCAGAUGAACUGCCUGUACAUACUGUACAUAGAGGUGUACAAUAAUGUUUUUGUUUAAUAGCCCAAUCAAUUCCUGGAUGUGUAUUUAGUCGAGGUAUGACUGGAGGGGCCUCAGGCAGUGGGACAAUUAUGCAAUAGAGUUUCUUUUGAAAGGGUACGGAGACCUCUGGGAGAGUUCACAGUUGAAAGUGAGUGAAUGUGAGAGAGAAAAAGAGAUGUAGCAGUCAGCCUGUGGAUAGAGGAUAAAGGGAACACUCAGCUGACAGAUUUUAGUCUUAGUUUAAUGCUUUUUUUUUGAAGUUGCUCCUCCAAAGUAAACACACCUUGACCUCAGAUGUGUGCACUUUUAUUUCCCUCAUUAGGAGAAUUUGGUUUUAUUUUUUUGGUUUUCAAACUUUGUAAUGUUUUUUUUUCAACACAAGAAGUGGGAAGAUUAUUUAAACCUGUUUGACACUUGUGAUUUUAAUAUGUUAGAAGUCCUGCUCUCAUGGGUGGAUGGAAUGUGUUUGAUGUUUGCAGUACUCUUCUGCUCAGCACUGAGAUGGAGUCGUAGCUUCUGUGCUAUCUGAGAGAUAAUGAAUGUAAGCAAGUCGGUAACUGUUUGUUAGACUGAGUGACAAUUCUGUGAUAUGUUAACACAACAAGAUCUUUUCUAUUUCUCUUUGUUGUUUUUCACUUUUAUAAAGAUUUGAUAUGACUUUUAUUUUUUAAAUUGUGUGUUCAUUUGCUGCUGUGGCUGCUAUAGCAACAGCACCUGAGUGCAGUAUUACCAAAGAUUGUAAUCAAAGUCAGUAUAACGAUGGUGUGUGCCUUAUCACGAAACUUGAAACUGGUACAGCUUAAUCCUUGUUUGCAAAGUUUUCAGAUCCUGAUGCUGUUGUUUUUUAAAUUUUUUUAUUAUUUUGUUAUCCUCAACAAAUGUCUGAUUUACAGAAGAGUGGUAUUGAAGAUCUGAGGCUCUGAUAUCAAAGUUGACUGUCUGAAGCAUCUUGUUUUUCUGUAGCCUCCUGCAUGUUUUUUUUUUUUUAAACACCCAGCUGAUUGUGUUUACUUAUUUAUUGAGAUUCUGGGCAUAUUGGUAUAAAGAUGCAAUCUGACCCAGACUUUCCUCUAUCACUGCCCAGACAGUGAGGGAUGAUGUACAUGCUAUGCAAUGCAUUCUGUUUAUGUUCUGUUGAAUAAAUAAAAGAAAGUAACCUUA